AUUAUUUAGCUGUUGUGUUAAGGCUUACAAUUUGAAUGACCACCUCAAAAUAUAUCAACUUUAUUCUAAAAAAAACCCCAACCUUUCACACUUUUAUUUUGAAGCUUUAUUCGGAAGUAGUAUGUCUGCCAAUGACUUUGUCACCCGCAGAAGCAGCAGCAGCAGCAGCAGAAGUCAGUCGGUCUUGUAGUAACGUUACUUCUGAAGUGUUGCUAACAGCGCGUAGUACCGGUCAGCGUACUUUCUGACCGUUAACGGGAACUCAGUUUGUCGUCGUUGGUGUGAUGGAACUGGACAAAAUGGACGAGAACGACUGGAAGUAUCACGGAGAGGGAAACAAGAGCCUGGUGGUCUCACACGUACAGCUCUCCAGAGUCUUGCGCCUGCUCAAGUAUCCGGCCGAGGACUCUGAAAACCCACCACAGACAGUGGAGCAGGCCUUCAGGCAGAUCCAGAACAUUGUGGAUUUCAGCUCCAACGUGAUGAGCAGCCUGCUGGGGGAGAAGUUCAUCCACAGCGGGGAAGUGGUCAAGUUGCCGCUGGAGUUUGUGCGACAGCUGUCAAUCAAAGUUCAACAUCAGAGACCAGCCUGGCGCUGUGACAAAGUGAUGGACAUCUACAGCGGCUGUGCUCUCUGUCUGCCCAACCUGACGUCUCCAGUCCUCCACCUGCCAACACACACGGCUCCACUCUGCAUUGAGAUCAAGCCAAAAUGUGGCUUCCUGCCGUCCUCCAAGCACGUCAGCAAAGACAUUAAGACCAAAGUGUGCCGCUUCUGCAUGCACCAGCACUACAAGGUGGCCAAUGGGAAAUGGAAGAGGCCGAGUCUGUACUGUCCUCUGGACCUGUUCUCAGGUAACCGACAUAGAAUGGACUUUGCCAUCAGACACCUGAUCGAAGAACCUCAGAACAACUUCAAAAUCUUCAAGGGUGGACAGUGCAUCUACAGCAGUAAGGAGGUCAGUGACGACUCGAUGGACCUGAACGCUCUGCUGCAUCAUCUCAGACCGUACUUCCUGCAUGGAAACACCCGAAUCAACAGUCACAUGACCAGCAAGGCCGUCCUGAACGACUUGAUCCAAGUCCUGGCGAACGCUCUGCUGAGUGGAGAUGGAGGAGGAGACAGGAAGGUGGUGGUGGACACACGAGGAGGAGGGCGCAGCUUCUGUGAAGCCAGUCUGCUCAACAAGGAGAGGAUCCGCCACGGCUCUGAGGGUUUACCCAGCGACAGCGUUCUGUUCAGGAUCCUUCAGACCCAGAUGUUGGACACGCUGGACAUCGAAGGACUUUUCCCUCUGUACCGCCGGGUGGAACAACACCUGCAGGACUUCCCCAAGGAGAGGGGCACCGUCUGGUCUCCGGCAUCACUCCCUGUCUGUGUCAGGACCAGUCUUCAGGUGGAGGGGCCGUACAACGAGGCCUUCCUGGAGAAGCUGCAGAAAUGUCCGACCGAGGACGACGGCUCGGUGGAGUAUGCCGUCGCCAAGGUCCACCAGUACCGCGUCGCCAUGACGGCCAAGGACUGCUCCAUCAUGGUCGCUCUGGUGCCCAGAAGUGAGGAGGAUGAGGAUGAAGGUCUCUCCACUCAGAGGCGGCUCAGGGACUUCCUCUCCCCCAGGCCGCCGGCUCUCUCUUACUCCGUCUCCAUCUUGGAUCUGGACCCGAAGCCCUUCGACAGCAUCCCCAGCCAGCUGCGCCUGGACCAGAAGAUCGUCUCCUGCUACCUGAGGACCGGCGGUGCCUUGCCAAAGGGCUCCCUGUCGCCGCACCCCGGGAUCUUCGCGGCUGCAGAGAGGGAGGACUGCACGCUGCUCUUUCACCCCGUGUGAAAUCCCUCCAGAGUAAGAGGCCAAACGACUGACUAAAUGCCCCCCCGCCCCUCACGUUAGAAACCGAGGCGCUGCGUUGAUGCUGAGAUCUUAGAAUCUCUUCGGACUGGCGCCGCUCGUCCCAGACUCUACGGGAGCACCUUUCUCACUCGGCUGGUGUUAACAAAUUAAAAGCUCAACUAAUCUCCAGGAAACCACCACAAACUCAUCCGACGUUGAAGCAACUUUUUAGAUCCGUUCUGUUACGGAUUCUAGACUCAACGUUCCCUCGGGAGGGGAAUCCCUUCGGCCCGUCGUGAUACAUAUUUAUUUAAAAAAAACGUCCUCUUUGGUGACGAAGCAUUGAGGCGACGGUUAGAAAAAGGAACGCGAUGGUGAGGAAAGCAGGUCGAUGGCUUGAUAACGUAGGUAAAAUGUGAUUUCCUGAAUGUAGGCGGGGCCUCAGGUAGAGGGGGGCGGAGGUGCGGCGUCACUGUGGUAACGAAAGCCCUAGUUGCCAUAGCUACAGCCACAGCUGGGCUCGAUGUGAGUCUUGGAGACGGUUGAGCGGAUGUCACAUUGUUUAAUAGAAUGAGGUGUGGUCGAGUUUGGUUGUUCUGGAAACCGUCAUCGGACUUUGAGAGCCAAAUCAUUUUUUUUCUCAAGUUGAACCUUUUUGGUCGAAUGUAAUUUUCUUUUUAGGGAGGAGGAGUUGAUAAAUGUUAAAGAGGUUCACUCACACAAAAAAAGCCUUUGCUCUUCCUCCCAGAGAAAUCAAUCCACUUAUGAUUUUAAUUCCUGUAGGUUCAGAUAUUUUUGAAGUUGUGCCGCGAUAUAGUUCUCACCGCUUUAAAUUUUUUUAGAAAUCACUUACGACAAGUUCCUCUACAAAAGACAAUAGUGACAUGUUUUAAUUGGAACAAUUACUUCCUCUAAAAACAACUUUGAUAUAACCUUAUUUGUUCUAUUUGUAUCAACACAAACUAAAUUUGUGGCAGAUUUCUUGAAAUAAAACCCCAAAAAUGUGCCAGGGGAGAUUUCACUGGAGGGAAGAGGAAUAAUAACCACUCAGUGGCCACUUCAUUAGGUACACCGUAAUAACUAAGUACACGAGCCCUAAUUUUUACCUUUAAGAUGUAUUGUUCAUCUUGUUUAUUGUCAGAGAGGUUAUGUUACAUGGAACGCUGGACAAUAGCUCCAAAAGGAGUUUAAUUAACACCUGAGUAUUCUGACACUAGCGACAGCUGUUUGUCUUAGGUCAGGUGGGGGGGG